AGUCGGACCAAUGUAAGGCGGCACACGACAUACCGCAGUGAUUUCUGGGAGCUGUCAGUUGGGCCGUCGAAGCUUUGUACGCUUGAGCGACAACGGUUAUCGCUGCAGUCCCUUUUUGUUGGUUCUUUCCGAUGGGAAAACGCGCGGGGGGCAUGUAAGCUACGCUCGGUCCCGGCUCCUGGAGUUCUGUUGUAGUGUUGCCGGCAGCGUCCGCCCCCUUACUCGGCCCGGAGCUGAUACUGUUCUCCUGAGUGACUGACAGCGAUGUGCGGCUGAGCUGGAGUCGGUGGCAUGUGACCUAACAUUGGAUUGUAGUGGUACCGCACAGGAUGAAUGCAGAGGAGGUGGAGCUUCUCAGUGACUCAAAGUACAGGAACUAUGUAGCUGCCGUGGACAAGGCGCUGAAAAACUUUGAGUACUCCAGCGAAUGGGCGGACCUCAUCUCGGCACUGGGGAAGCUGAACAAGGUGCUGCAGAACAAUGCAAAGUACCAAGUGGUGCCUAAGAAGCUGACUAUUGGCAAGCGGUUGGCGCAGUGCCUCCAUCCAGCUCUGCCCAGUGGUGUCCACCGCAAGGCCCUGGAGACCUAUGAGAUCAUCUUCAAGAUCAUUGGGCCCAAGCGGCUCGCCAAGGACCUCUUUCUGUACAGUUCCGGCCUCUUCCCUCUGCUCAGCAAUGCUGCCAUGUCCGUAAAGCCGGUCCUUCUGGGUCUCUAUGAGACCUACUACCUCCCUCUGGGCAAAACGCUGAAGCCAGGCCUGCAGGGGCUGCUGACGGGGGUGCUUCCUGGCUUGGAGGAGGGCUCAGAGUACUAUGACAGAACCAACAACCUUCUGGAGAAGGUGGCAGCGGCGGUGGAGCAGAGCGCCUUCUACAGUGCACUGUGGGGCAGUAUCCUCACCAGCCCGGCGGUCCGUCUGCCUGGGGUCACCUUCGUCCUGCUACACCUCAACCGCAAGCUCUCCAUGGAGGACCAGCUCUACGUCAUGGGCAGCGACAUCGAGCUCAUGGUGGAAGCAGUCAGCACUUCAGUGCAAGACUCCAGCGUCCUGGUCCAGAGGAGCACACUGGACCUGAUCCUCUUCUGUUUUCCGUUCCACAUGAGCCAGGCGACCAGGCCAGACAUGAUCCGCAUCCUGUCAGCAGCACUGCACGUGGUUUUGCGGAGGGACAUGUCGCUGAAUCGCAGGCUGUAUGCCUGGAUGCUGGGCUCCGACAAUAAUGGCGCGAGAACAGGCCCUCGCAGCUCCAGGCUUAGCAGUCCCGAAGAACAUGCUUCUUAUUACUUCAACACAUUCUCCAAAGAUAUGCUGGUCCAGGCGAUGGUGGGGAUCCUGCAGGGAAAGGCCCGUGGAGGAGAGGAAGAGAGCGUCCUGAUGCACGACCUGAAGCCAUUCCGGAUUCUGAUCAGCCUGCUGGACAAGCCAGAGCUGGGACCAGCCAUCCUGGAGGACGUGCUGAUCGAGGUGUUCCGGACCCUGCACACGCAGUGCCGAGCCGAGCUGGACCUUCAGAACCAGAGCCCAUUCAGCAAGGACCACAGCCAUCUUAGCAGCAAGCUGCGUGAGAAUAAGAAAACAGCGGAGCUGAUCAAAACAGCCAACUUGCUGUUUAACUCCUUCGAGCCGUUUUACAUGUGGGAUUAUGUGGCGCGCUGGUUCGAGGACUGCUGCAGGAAAACCCACAAUUCCCAGUCAGACCACACUGGGGGCUCCCCGAACCAGUGUCCUCUGCUGCUGGAGUUCUGCCAGCUGGUGGAUUUCCUGCUGGACAUAGUUUCCCUGCCCACUAGAAGCAUGCGUGUGAUCUGCCAGGAAACAUACAUCGAGAUUCAGACGGAGCACCUCCCACAGCUGCUGCUACGCAUGGUGUCUGCAUUGACUGCGAAUCUACAGUCGCUGGACCUGGGCGAAAUCACCCACUGCCUUCGGCUCUGCUCCAAAAUCCUCAGCAAGGUGCAGCCACCCCUGGUGUCACCAGUGACCGGGGCCCCCCGACCCCCCACCAGCACCCGGGACAAGGAGGACAAGCGGGGCUGCGCAGUGACUGAGCCCCCCCCCUCCGUCCCACAGUCUCUGGCUCCUGAGGUGUUUGAGGAGGAGAAUGCUUCAAGCAGUCGUUCCUCGGAGAGCGGCUUCACUGAUUUCAUCCAGUACCAGGCCGAGCGGUCCGAUGAGCCCGUCGCCUUGGAAACGGGCAGCCCAUCGAAGGCGGGGCGUGCCGGCGCUGGGUCCGCCCACAGCCAGCCCCAGGAGACGCCCGUCAUGCAGGGCUGCCUGGAGUGCUUCCAGCAGUUCCUCACGCGCCUGAUAAAGUUGUACAUCGUUCCGGAGGCGAAACCAGAGCAGGACGAGCUGAGCCAGCAGGGGGCGCUGCAGAGUGGCGGGCCAGCUAACCCUGGGGCUCAGCCGAGGCUGGAGGCUUUCAGCGCCGCAUGUCAACUCUUCCUGGAGUGUUCCAGCUUUCCCGUCUAUAUCGCCGAGGGCAACAUGAAGUCAUCACCUACGUGGGAGGAGCAUUCGGCCGGAGAGCAUGCGCAGCUGCCCCUGUGGCUGCAGACACUGAUGGGCGCCUGCUACUUCGGGCGGGACUUCAGCAUCCAGGCUGUGGCCAUCUCCCUGGUCAUGGAUCUGGUGGGCCUCACACAGUCCGUCGCCAUGGUGACCGCCGAGAGUGUGGGCGGGCCGGACGUCGCACAACCUAUGAGCCCCAGUCAAGGCCGCGUUGCCGUGGUGAUCAGACCGCCACUUACACAGGGCAUCCUGAAGUUCCUAGCAGAGAAGACAGACUUUUUCAAGAGAGUGGCCCUUACCCUGUGGGAGCAGCUUGGGGAGGGAAGCCCACAGCACCACCAGCGCAGUGUUGAGCUCUUCUACCAGCUGCACAACCUGGUGCCCUCAGCCAGCAUCUGCGAGGACGUGAUCAGCCAGCAGCUCAUGCACAGGGACAAGGAGAUCCGUCUGGAAGCCCAUGUGAAGUUCUCUGUACUCUGGCACCUGACCAGAGACCUGAACAUCACCAAGUCCUCACCCUUCAACCGUACUUUUGACAGGUCCCUGUUCAUCAUGCUGGACAGUCUGAGUUACUGGGACGGGUGUAGCAGCGCCGUGGGCCGGGCCUGGCUAAACCAGGUGCUGCAGAGGCACGACGUUGCUCGCGUCAUCGAACCCCUGCUGCUACUGCUGCUGCACCCCAAGACGCACCGCGUGUCCAUCCAGCGCGUGCAAGCUCAGAUGCACUGGGCUCACAGCUGCCCACAGCCCGCUGACCCGGACUACGUCGGGGACCUGGGUCCUGACGGUGAGUAUGCGCUGUGCUGCCCCCAUGUUCUUGACAUUCAUGGUUCUGUCUUCUGUCAGCGCUUACAAUGUCACUAUCCCCCAUCAGAAUUCAACAAGCUGCCAGCAGAUGGCGCUACUGCGGGGCCUGGGCGUGGCAGGGACCCGCCUUUGGAAGACAUGGAGACUUUCAGCCUCACUGUGAACCCACUGAGUGACAGUCUAUCUGUGCUUAGCCUUAGCAGCGAGAACCUACAGCUUGGCUCUGACUUUCACCUUCCCCACCACCAGGGGGAGCCCCAGACCUCUGAUUCUGGCUCCCAGUCCUCCAGAGCCUGCAGUUUUGAUGAUCCUGAUGGUGCCAGCACCAUGGAAGCACCUGACUCUAUCCAGGCUCCACCCACCCGCAGCCUAGCCACGCCCCAGGAGGAGCCUGUUGAUGACAUGGUGGCAGAGGUGCUAGCUGACCUAAUUGAUCAGGUGGUUAAGAUGGUGGAGGAAUGUGGUGGGCGGGACCCACCAGCACUAGAAGUGUGGCCGCAGUCCAGCUCGGACAGCACUGACUCCUCAGACUCGUCCAGCUGCCUGCCGGACCAGCAGCGCCCCCAACUCAACAGAAUGGAGGCAGGCAGGCACCCAGACCUCCUGUCCACGACCUCCGACACCGGGGAUGAGGAACCCCAUGGGAGCAUGACCCGCCACAGCUCAUCCCCCUCCAUUGUGACACUGGCGGACGCUGCGGGCGAGCGGCGCCCCCCAGUGGGCCCAACAGUACGAAGGAGGAGUCACAGCAGCACUCAGCUCAACUUGAAGGGCCGCAUCCUGGAACGGCUGGGUGACCGCUCACCUGGUGCCAAGCCUAAGAUCAAGAAGGCCAAGAGGAAGGAGGAGCGGGGGGGGCAGGCAUCGGCGGAGCGGGGGGGGCAGGCUGGCAUCUUCUUUGGUGAGAGCCUGGACCUGGAGAACUGGUACAGCUGCGGCGAGGGCGAGGUGUCCGAGAUUGAGAGCGAUGCGGGUUCUCCCGGUGAUGGCGGUGCCACGCCUGCAACCCCCCCGGCGCGCCUGAAUGUGCACCCGCUCUACCAGCAUGUGCUGCUCUACCUGCAGCCCUACGACUCGUCACGAGCCCUGCACGCCCUCUCCGCCAUGGCCGCCAUGCUGCGGGCCUCACCCGGUGCCUUUGUGAGCGCCAUCUCUACCACCAGCGUCAACAACGCCUACACACCGCAGCUGUCGCUGCUGCAGAACCUCCUGGCGCGCCACCGCGUCUCCGUUGCCGGCCGCGACUUCUACUGCGCCAUUCCGCAGGACUCGCACUCGCACCCCUUCCGCGGCGCCAUGUUCAUUGAGAUCAUCAUCUCCCUCUGCCUGUCCUUCCUGCGCAGCUACUAUUGCGCACAUGCGCCGGCCACAGCGCAGGACCUGGCGGGCAACCGCAGCAUGCGGCUGACCAGCAUCGAGGUAUUGACGCUGCUCUUCGGCGAACUCACCAAGGCCAUGGAGGCGUCGGCUAAGGGCUUCGCCAGCUUCAUCUGCGACGUGCUGUCCAAGUGCAAGGUGCAGAAGGUGGUGCUGCACUGCCUGCUCUCCUCCAUCUUUGGCGCACAGAAGUGCCACGAGCGGCGCCUGGGCCGGCCCAACGUAGCUGCGGUGGAGGAGGGCCUCUCCGAGGACAGUGUCAUCAACCUGUCAGAGGACCAACUUGACGGGUGCAGCGCCCUGCAAUCGCAGCUGCUGCGCCUCUUGCAGAGCCUGGUGUUGCUGGAGCAUCGGGUGCUGGUGCCGGCCGAGGAAGGGACCGAGAGCGGCCCGGGGCCCGGUCCCGGCCCGGGGACAGGCUUUGAGCUGCUCGCAGAGGUGGAGCAUGCGAGUCCGCAGCAGCCGGCGACGUCGCUGCAGUACCUGCAUGGGCAGCCCAUCACAGCGCAGGGCAUGUUCCUGUGCGCUGUCAUACGGGCGCUGCACCAGUACUACGCCUGCAAGAUGCACCCGCAGUGGAUCGGCCUCAUCACGGCCACCCUGCCCUACAUGGGCCGGCUGCUGCGGCACAUCGUGGCGUCCGUCACCCUACAGCUCUGCCGGAACCUGGACAACCUGAUCCAGCAGUACCGCUAUGAGACGGGCCUCUCCGAGUCCAGGCCCCAGUGGAUGGCGCUGUGCACUCCGCCCGACCUCAUCCUGACGAUGCUGGAGGGGAUGACUGCCAUCAUACACUACUGCCUGCUAGACCCCUCCUCCCAGUAUCACCAGCUGCAGGCCGGUGUGGAUCAGAAGCAGCUGGCGGAGGCUCGCUCCGGCAUCCUCUCCAUCCUGCACACCAUCAUGUCCUCCGUCACACUGCUCUGGAGUGUGCUCUACCUGGCCGACAGCUCCGAGCGCCCUGCUGCCGCCUCUGCUUCCUGGCUGUCCAACAUCAACCUGGGCUCCACCAAGAACCUGCGGCAACAGAUCCUGGAGCUCCUGGGCCCCAUCUCCAUGAACCACGGCCCGCACUUCAUGGCCGCCAUCGCCUACGUCUGGAAUGAGAGGAAAGCAGGGAAGAGUCCGGCCCGAAAUAAGGUGAUCCCCACGCCGAGUGAGGAGCAGCUGAUCCUUGUGGAGUUGGUGCGGUCGGUCAGCGCCAUGCGCACGGAGACUGUCAUGCAGACGGUGAAGGAUGUCCUGAAACAGCCCCCUGCCAUCGCCAAAGAGAAGAAGCACCUGUCACUGGAGGUCUGCAUGCUGCAGUUCUUCUACGCCUAUGUGCAGAGGAUCCCCGUGUCCAGCCUGGUGGACAGCUGGCCCUCUCUGUUGGCCUUGCUGAAAGACUCCAUCCAGCUGGGCCUCCCCUCCCCAGGACAGUUCCUCAUUCUGGGGGUUUUGAAUGAGUUCAUCCUGAAGAACCCAAACCUGGAGAACAAGAAGGACCAGCGUGAGCUUCAGGACGUGACCCACAAGAUUGUGGAGGCGGUCGGCACUAUCGCCGGCUCCUCCCUGGAGCAGACCACCUGGCUGAGGAGGAACCUGGAGGUGAAGGCCUCGCCGCAGAUCGUGGUGGAUGGUGCCAGCCUGGAAGCGGAUGUGGAAGAUCUGAUGCUGACUGUGAUGGAAACCUCCAACUUCACUCCCUCUGUGUACAGUGUCCAUGCUCUCACUCUGCUGGCUGAGGUCCUGGCCCAUCUCCUGGACAUGGUCUUUUACAGCGACGAGAAGGAGAGAGUGAUCCCCCUGUUAGUAAAUCUCAUGCACUACGUCGUGCCCUACCUGCGUAACCACAGUGCCCACAACGCACCCAGCUACAGGGCCUGCAUCCAGCUCCUGAGCAGCCUCAGCGGCUACCAGUACACCCGGCGCGCCUGGAAGAAGGAGGCCUUCGACCUCUUUAUGGACCACACCUUCUUCCAGAUGGAUCCCUCCUGCGUCAGCCACUGGAGGGCCAUCAUCGAUCACCUGAUGACACACGACAAAACCACGUUCCGAGACCUAAUGACGCGUGUGGCCGUGGCCCAGAGCAGCUCUCUGAACCUGUUCUCAAACCGCGAUGCCGAGCUUGAGCAGAGGGCCAUGCUGAUGAAGAGACUGGCCUUCACGGUGUACAGCAGUGAGGUGGACCAAUACCAGAAGUACCUGCCUGACAUCCAGGAGCGUCUGGUGGAGAGCUUACGUCUGCCACAGGUGCCCAUCCUGCACGCUCAGGUGUUCCUGUUCUUCAGGGUGCUGCUGCUGCGCAUGUCCCCUCAGCACUUGACCUCCUUGUGGCCGACCAUGAUCACGGAGCUGGUACAAGUGUUUCUACUCAUGGAGCAGGAGCUUACCGCAGAUGAAGACAUCUCCAGGACUUCGGGUCCCGCCGUGGCUGGGCUAGAGACCACCUACUCCGGGGGAAACGGCUUCUCCACCUCCUACAACAGCCAACGCUGGCUCAACCUGUACCUCUCAGCCUGCAAGCUGCUGGACUUGGCUCUGGCGCUACCAUCUGAGAGCCUGCCGCAGUUCCAGAUGUAUCGUUGGGCAUUUAUCCCUGAGGCAUCUGACGACUUGGGGCUGGAAGGGAGGAGGCAAGGAACCCAUCAGCGUGAAUUCAAGCCCUACGUGGUUCGACUGGCAAAGCUGCUGAGGAAGCGAGCCAAGAAGAACCCGGAGGAAGAUUGCUCGAGCCGGACCCUCACGUGGGAACCGGGCCGCCUCCUGCUGACGCUCUAUGCCAUCCGAAGCAUGGAGCAGCUGCUGCCUUUCUUCAACCUGCUCAGCCAGGUGUUCAGCAGCAAGAUGGGAUGCCGCUCAGGCCCCGCCCCUGGCCCCGCCUUCAGCCCCGCCUACAGCGCCAAGGAUGGCAAGCUGGAGAGCCAGAAGGUGUUCUGGAGCCGUGCCCGGCAGGCCAUCGAGGAGAUGGUGGAGAAGGACUUCCUGGAAGGUUUGAUCAAGACGUGACGGGUCAAAUCUGAAGGACCCAACAGUACCACCUCAAAUUGCUAACUAAAGAAUCAACUUUGUAUAUCUUUCUUUUUGUAUGUAUAAUGCCUGUACUUUACCUUUCAGAAGCAACACUAUUUAACUUAAAUGAUUUUUAUUUGUAUAUAUGGGGCACCUUUGUCCAUGUGUGGGCCUUCUUGGCCAGUGUGAACAUCACUGUACCAUUCCACAAUGUCCUGUCUCACUGAAUAAACCACUAUAAGAUCA